CACACGGUCUCCAUUUCCUCUCUCUCUCUCUCUCUCUCUAAAAGCGACAGAGAAACAGAGUACAUGCAAAGAUGCAGGCAUCAGCUUUGCUCUCUCCAUCCCCAAGCCUCAGCAGCUACUCCACAGGCAAGCUCGCCGAGAUCGCCGCUCGGGUCGUCGACGAGCUCGGGCUCGAUUCCGACCCGUUCUGUUUCGACGCCAUGAAUUUCGGUGGAGCCAGCACCGAACACUCGCAGCCGCCGGGCGAAGAAGCAGGGGGCGAGGAGAGCGAUAGCACCCAGUUCGAUAACGAGGACGUUGAGGAAGAAGAAGAAGAAGAAGAAGAAGAGUUCGCUUUCGUGUGCGACGGGCCAGGCAUGUCUCCGAUUUCCGCCGAUGAGAUCUUCUACAACGGCCAAAUUCGGCCUGCGUACCCGGUCUUCAACAGAGAUUUGCUUCUGAACGGAGUCUCGAGGAGAGAGAAGGACGAAGACGACUCGAAGAAGACGACGAAGCUCCGGCUGCCGCUGAAGAAGCUCCUGAGCGAGGACAGGGAGUGGACGUCAUCCUCCUCCUCCUCCUCCUCUUCCUCGGAAUCGGACGAGCUGGACGGCCUAGCUCCAGGAUCCUACUGCGUCUGGAGGCCGAAACCGUCGCGCGACCAACCCUCGGCUGCGGCGGCGGCCGCGACGAAGCGCUGCUGGAAGAGCAGCUCGACGGGAUCCUCGAAGCGGUGGAGGUUCAAGGACCUGCUGCUGAACCGGAGCAACGGCGGCAGCAAGGACACGUUCCUGCUCGUGGCGCCGAGCAAGAAGAGGGACAACAAGAUCGGCGAAUCGAAGCGGGUGGUGGCGGUAGCGGAGGACGACGACGGCGGCGGCGGCGUCGUCGUCACCGCUCGCGACGGGGGAAAAACGGCGGGCAAUGACGAAGACAAGAGGAAGCCGCUCCCGCCUCAAAGAGCAGGCCUCGUCGGCUUCCUCGCCACCGCGAACGGGCUGAGCAGGAACUUGAAUCUGCACCCAUUUUGAAGAUCGCUUCAUCUCGGACUCUCGUGAGCGAAGAUUUUUUGGCGCUGCAUCUUCUUCUGGGUAGAUUUCGUAGGUCGAUCUGGGAUUUAAAGUUUGGCUUUGGUUUUGGUUUUGGGGUGGGGUGGGGGUGUUUAUAUGUGUAAAUUACGAUUAAACCAGAGUGA